AUGGUGCCCGGCGCCCCGUGUUUGUUCAACAUUAUACGCUUGAAACAAAACCGCCAUCUGAUAUCGCAUGAGGAUAUCAGUGGGCACCUGCAUUCCAACGGGAAAAACACGUUUGCCAAUGGGCGCCCUUACCGCGUCGUUCACGGACGCGGGACCCUCGCGGGCGAGGCGCUGCUCAAUGAGGAUCAAGCAGUAGAGAUUUGUCAUUCCUUGCUCCAGCGCCAGCCCACAAGAUCAAUAGGCUCUUUGAGCUCUACAACCACGACCGCCAUGAGAAGCUUUCGGUGGCGCCAGACGGGCGUGCAGCCCCUCCAGACUCAUCGGGAUGGAGAUCAUGUGAAGGACUGGCUGGGCGCAGCCCUCCGGGGCAUGGCACGAGAUGUUCGACGCACCGUGAUGACGAGAAAAGGAAGGCGCCAGUUUCGAGCGAUUGGCUGGGCGCCGCCUUGCGGGGCAUCCAACGAGACGGGCGGAGGCGCAGGCGCCCUUCCCCAACGGCCGGCCCAGAGAUCCUGGCCAGCUCCUGAGGAGCCACCCCGAGAAGAGGAGGCCGAAGAAUAA